AUGGCUUGGCAAAAGAUGCUCUAUUCCUGCUGCCUCUUGACUGCGUGCCUCAUUUAUGUCCUGGCCAAGCCACAGCCGGACAAGAAGGACCGUGUCCACCUCGGCCAGGACCUCAGUGACCAUCUCCACGACGACAAGCAGGAUUUCCAGUAUGAUCACGAAGCCUUCUUGGGCAAAGAGGAUGCCAAGACGUUUGAUCAGCUGACUCCCGAAGAGAGCAAAGAGCGGCUGGGGAAGAUUGUCGAUCGGAUUGACCGGGACGGGGAUGGCUUUGUGACUCAGCCUGAGCUGAAGGACUGGAUCAAGCACACUCAGAACCGCUACAUUUAUGAGAAUGUAGACAAGAACUGGAAAGAUUAUGACAAAAAUAAUGACGGACACAUCGCCUGGGAGGAGUUCAAGAAUGCCACUUAUGGUUACUAUGAAGGUGAGGCGUUUGGCGAUGUUGAAAACAAAGAGACGUACAGGAAGAUGCUGGAGCGGGAUGAGCGGCGAUUCAAGGCAGCCGACAAAGACGGGGACUUGAUCGCUACGAGGGAAGAGUUUACAGCCUUCCUUCACCCUGAGGAAUUUGACUACAUGAAAGAUUUGGUAGUGUCGGAAACCAUCGAAGACAUCGACAAGAACAAGGAUGGCUUUGUAGGAGUGGACGAAUAUCUUGGCGACAUGUAUUCUCCUGAAUCGGGAGAGCCAGAACCCGACUGGGUGAAGACCGAGCGCCAACAGUUCUUGGAUUUCCGGGACCUCAACAAAGAUGGGAAAAUGGAUCGCGAGGAGAUAGGGCAUUGGAUCCUGCCGCCGGACUAUGACCAUGCCGAGGUGGAGUCAAAGCACCUCCUCUUUGAGUCGGACAAGGAUAAGGAUAACAAAAUAACCAAGCAGGAGAUUUUGGACAAUUGGAACAUGUUUGUGGGCAGCCAGGCCACCAAUUACGGCGAAGAUUUGACAAAGGAACAUGACGAGUUGUGAUCUGAGCGGGUUGG